AUGAAACUAGAAGAAGUCACUCAAGACCUCCUUGUGUGGCCGUCAUCUCAAGACCCCCUUGUGUGGCCGUCAUCUCGAGACCUCCUUGUGUGGCCGUCAUCUAAAGACCUCCUUGUGUGGCCGUCAUCUCAAGACCCCCUACCCCCUGUGUGGCCGUCAUCUCGAGACCUCCUUGUGUGGCCGUCAUCCCGAGGCCUCCUUGUGUGGCCGUCAUCUCAAGACCUCCUUGUGUGGCCGUCAUCUCAAGACCCCUCCCGUGUGGGACCUCCCCGUGUGACCUCUCUCUCUCGCCGCGAGAUCCUCUUCUCUCUCUCACCGCGAGAUCCUCUUCUCUCUCUCUCGCCGCGAGAUCCUCUUCUCUCUCUCGCCGCGAGAUCCUCUUCUCUCUCUCGCCGCGGGAUCCUCUUCUCUCUCUCGCCGCGAGAUCCUCUUCUCUCUCUCGCCGCGAGAUCCUCUUCUCUCUCUCGCCGCGAGAUCCUCUUCUCUCUCACCGCGAGAUCCUCUUCUCUCUCGCCGCGAGAUCCUCUUCUCUCUCUCGCCGCGAGAUCCUCUUCUCUCUCUCGCCGCGAGAUCCUCUUCUCUCUCUCGCCGCGGGAUCCUCUUCUCUCUCUCGCCGCGAGAUCCUCUUCUCUCUCUCGCCGCGAGGCCCUCUUCUCUCUCGCCGCGAGGCCCUCUUCUCUCUCGCCGCGAGGUCCUAUUCCAGUGUGGGUCCCCUUCCCUUGUGGUUCUUCUCAUCCCGUGUGUGCCAUCCAUGAGGUAAGUUGCGGCGACCUUGGCGCUUCACGUGGCUCCGAUGGCUUCCAUGAGAAAGCGGACCGUUCGAUGGAGCUUCACACCGCGAUUGGCGACGCUUCUCCCGUCGCUCGGCAGUUGGCGACGCUUCUCUCGUCGCUCGGUGGUUGGCGACGCUUCUCCCGUCUUGCGGCGCUUCGUGCGGCUCUCGGCGACGCGUCUCGUCGCAUGGCGGCACUUCUCUUUUUCGUCAUCGAUUUUUUCUCGUUUAUUGUUGCUUUCUGUUUCGCUUUGUUUUCUCAUGGUUCUGACCGUGCUCCUUGUUACCUGCAGUUAGUGUAG